AUGCAUGGAGAUUUUAUACGGGUUCCACCGAAUGAGCUUAAUGUGAUGGGUUCCCCUUGGCCAUUUGCCGCUUGGGGCAUGGAUGUUAUUGGACCCAUAGAGCCUCCCGCGUCAAAUGGACAUCGUUUCAUCCUGGUGGCUAUAGAUUAUUUCACAAAAUGGGUCGAAGCUUCGACAUACAAGGCGGUGACAAAGAAGGUGGUAGCAAACUUUGUUCGCAACAAUAUAGUUUGUCGGUUUGGAAUUCCAGAAUCAAUCAUAACAGAUAAUGCGGCCAACCUCAACAGCGAUCUUAUGAAGGAAACUUGUGAAAGGUUCAAGAUUGCUCAUCGAAAUUCCACGGUUUACUGUCCAAAUAUGAAUGGAGCAGUUGAGGCUGCAAAUAAGAAUAUCAAGAAGAUUUUAAGAAAAAUAGUGGACAGUCACAGGCAAUGGCAUGAGAAGCUACCAUAUGCUUUACUUGAUUAUCACACCACAAUCAGAACAUCAAUUGGGGCAACUCCUUAUAUGUUGGUUUAUGGUUCGGAAGCAGUAAUACCUGCUGAGAGGAUGGAUGCAGUUUGUCACGGUCAACUCUAUCAGAAUAGAAUGACCAAAGCGUUCAACAAGAAAGUCAAACCUCGACGGUUCACACCAGGGCAAUUAGUAUUGAAGAAGAUCUUUCCUCACCAAGAAGAAGCCAAAGGGAAAUUUGCACCAAAUUGGCAAGGACCCUACAUGGUUCAUAGAGUACUCUCUGGAGGAGCGGUAAUCCUAGCAGAAAUGGACGGCAAAGUGAGCACAAAACCAAUCAAUUCAGACGCCAUCAAGAAAUACUACAUCUUAAGACCUUAA